AUGCCUCCAUACUCAGGAGCCAAAUUUCAAGUCUUGCUCAGAGCUCAUCUUCCGAAUGCCUUAGUGGAACUCACGACUGUCACGGCGCGUGAAUGGGAGUCAUCGCCCGCAGAGUACCUCCCCUCCUACCCAUCACACUCAAUCUUAGGCCGCAUCCGCAACUCUGACGUCGAGCUUUUCGAGAACUAUCCAGCUCUUCGCGAUGAAUUGCUGUCACUAGGAUUCACAGUCCGCCGUUUUGAUGAGAACAAAUGCAUGUCAAUCUAUGCAGACACCGAAGUCAAAGACCGUACUUUGGUGCAGAAACUGCAAGAUCAGCUUUACGAAGCACUCAAGAGUGAUGGAUGGGAUAUUGGAUAUGGGUUGGUGGCUGCUACUCCCACAGACAUGAUGUUGGUUGUGAAAUUCGAUCGUCAAAGAUACAACCCCCAAAACCCGUGUCCAGAAACCAUCACAAGCUUCGAAACCACUUACAACACCAUUGGAUAUAUACUGGACAACGACGUCUUUCUCACUUCCCCAGAACCCGAAGUCAAAAGAUUCUAUCUCUCGCGUCCUCCAUGGGUAAUCUACAAACUCCUCGACAAGACCGUAGCAACAGAAUAUGCACGCUACCACGCCGAACAAAAAGAAGAAAAAGUACGUCAACACAAGCGAGAAAAGAGAAAAGCCAAGAAGAAGAAUGCAGACAAGGCAACAGAGCAGGAGAAACAAGGUGUACUGGAAGCAAAUGGAAAAGACACAAGAAGGGGAGGUAAGAGCUACAAGAAACUUCAUGAUCUAGAACCGAUUGCAGAUACAGUGCCAGGCGCUGAAGAUCGGAAACAGAGGGUGGACAAGCAGGCGAAAAUCAGUCUGCACAAUUUGACCAUCAGCGGAACCAAGCAACACCCUUUUAAAGCCACAAAGAUUGGACAAGACAAAUUGGAUACCAAGGAGAUGCCAAAAAAGAACGGAGUCUGGAACCCACAAUGGAGAAGAGAUGCAAGAAUCGCCGAGAUCAAGAAACCUGGUUGGUUCUUCUCUGGAGAAGACGUUUUCAAAGAUGGGUAA